CGUUUAUCGUUUGAGGAAAAACGUUCUCUGAUAAAUUAGUCAAUGUUUACCAAAUUGAUAGCAGGACUUAAAACCGAUAAGCUUCCCAUGAUUUAUAAAUAUCCGCGUUCUAGAUAUUAGACCGACAUCCGCUACCUGGGUAUAUUAUAUCCGCACACAGAUUUACUUCUCAUAUAGCACGGGUCAACAACAUGGAAGUGUCGUGGUUGAAGGUUGCGUGUUACCUGCUGUUUCUCUGUACAGUUAUAUCAGCUGUCAGAAUGCCACAUGGUAGAGAUUUUCACCGGAAGCAAUCACAACACGUUACUGCAGACAGAACUGCAUUAACCAGAAGAACUGCUGUCGUCCCCCCACCGAAUGUUCCUCACACAGAGGGCACUCAGCCCAAGCCAGUCCGUCAGCCCUGGUACCGACACAUUGGGGCGGACACCAGACAGACCAGACACAGAUCUCACACGAAUAACAGGAGGCUGAGGGUACACAAGCAUUUCGACGAAAUCGCAAUCCACAACAUCGGGAGUAAACCUGAGCUACACGACAUUCCGAAAGGACAAGGAACGGAACAGCACCAGGACGAACUCUCUCGAAACAAUGAGCUUUCCGAUAUGAAAAUCGCUGAAAAGAAAAAUGUCGACGAAACAGUCAUCCCCAAUAUUGAUGCAAUGUUACAUCGCCAUUCAAGACGUAUGAAUAAACUUAAGAGGAAGCGGGACCAUAUAAAGAGAGUAGGACGAAGAGGUCGUCAGUCACGGAGAAAACUGUCUAGUUUUCAGAAGGGGUGUCGGAUGAGGAAGGCAUGCUCCAUACGCACCGUACACUACCGUCCUGUGUGUGGCUCAGACGGUGUCAUGUAUGACAACAGGUGCAUGCUGAAGGUGGCUGCCUGCAUGAAAGGUAGUCGACACGCAAUCAAAGUAACCAACCCUGAGGCCUGUCAGCAGCAAAGACCUCUAUAGUUACCGAUAGGAAUGUUUAUCAGCCAAUACAGACUCUGUAGUCAUUCACAAGAUCGCCUGUCAGAGGAAAUAACCACUGUACCUAUCAUCUGACUGUUUCCAGAGUCGCUAAGACUUUGAAAUAACUCAGUGGAGCACCUUUUAGAACAUCAGACCCUUGAAGCCAUCCUCCUGAAUGAUUUCCAGAUUUUGAAAUAUCUGUCGGCACAUAUCUGAGGGUAUAUCAGUCGCGAGAAGCUACCACGGCGGUACACGUAACUGACACGAUAACGAUUGAAGAUAUUUAUUAGCUGAUAUAAAUCUUUAUAGGGACUGAUAGCAAACUUAGCACACACGAUAAUUAUAUCUAUGUAGCCCUUUUUUACAGAAAUAAUUUGGUAUAAUGAUUAUUGAUAGGUUCAUUAACUUAAUACAACUUGAUUUUUGCUAUUUGUGUGUUUUUGUUGCUGCUGCCAUGUAAGUUGCAUAAGGAAAUUUAGCUCACCUCAAAACACAUAUCUAGUAUUAUGUUUUAUGAUAUUCAUUCGGCUGUUUUUCAUGGUAAUAAAGUAUGUAUCAUGGUUAAAUCAGUGUUGUUUUAACACUUUAACUGUGUCGCAAAGUAUUGGAAGCGUUUUACU